CUGUCGCUGUCACACAAACGCAUAAUUCUUGUCCUACGAGACGAUAGAGAUUUGUCCAACCUCAUCCUCACAACAUUCCUUUCGACCAGCAGUCUCAGGUGGAAACAACGCUAUGGCGCCCUGGAUAGCUUCCAGAACUGGGAAUCAGCUCAUCCUAGUCUACACACUCUCCUGCCCGCCGGCGUCGUUAGUCUAGUCAAUGCUGUUUAUUACACGCUUGGCUAUCUACUGGCCUAUGAGCCUAACUCCCUCACUAUGCCACUGGUGCGUAUCGUCCUCUCUGACGGUCGCCUUGUCAAGCCGACGCCAGAGGCCUGUGAGCAGACAGUCCUGUGGGGCACCGUCGCCCACGUCACCGAGGCCGUUGCUCUCUUCCUCACUGACAGGCUCCCCAGGCAGCAGGCGGGAACCACUCCUGACAUGACAACACCACCACCACCACCCUACCCCCUAGUGGUCGUCUACCGGGCAUUUGUGCGUCGUCAUCUUGACACUCCACCCUACUCCAUCCCACGGAAUGAAAGUGGACCUACAUCUCACCUGAGUGACGCCUGUCGCCUGCAGGUAGAAUUGUACGGCUUUCUGUACUGGCUCCUGCAUUCUCGAGUGGCCGAUUCCAUCCUCCGUUCAAAGUCUCUCUUCACCCAGUCGGUUAGUAGGGCAGCUGGCCUGGAUACACUCACUUGCGUUAACGGCCCGGAGGAAUCGCAGGUUACUGUUGCCGCUUCCUCGCUCUACGCCAGACAGCGGGAGACGGAGGCUGUGCUGUCGCAUGUGCUUGAGGAUGGUCGUCGUGAUCUGAUUCUCACACUCUGUCUCACCACGGUCAUAAUCCUGGUGGUGCUGCUGCUUCUGCUACGCCAUCUACGCAUUCAUCGUUAUUCCACCUCGAGGUUCCUAGUGAACAUGGAAGACCUGCAGCCGCUGGAUGCAGACAGCCACCUCCUGGACGGCGUUCGCCAAAUGCAGGAGAAUUUUAGGCUCUACGAGAAGGUACUACAACUGACAAGCCCCGCAGGCGGUUGGCAGUCUCAGCACUGUCUACAGGCCGUUUGGAUUUACGCGGAUACUGUAUUCUCCACGGCGCCUGCCUAUCGCACUUACCACGGCAACGAGGUCCUCCUCUAUCCCACCAAUAUGACCACCUCAGCUCGUUUCGCCAAAAACCUGCGAGAAAAUCUUCAGCGUUACCUAGACAUAGAGCAUGAGAAUGUGCAAGCCUUCUUCGGGCUCUCGAAGGUCCCCCAGCAGAAAGUUAGUUCGCGCAGAAAAUUCAGUAGGAGGGCUGACCUAGUGAGAAGGUUACGACUAACUGGCAGAUUACUGCGCAGUAAAUCCAUGGACGCUGGCAGGAAGCUUUCGGCCCUCGGCAGGCAUGGAAGCUACCCUGAGACGGACUUCAUUCUCCCGUGCAUAUAUUACGCGGUGGUGGAGGAGUGUGUACGUGGCAGCCUCUUUGAACUGCUACACAGCGGUCAAUACGAAAUCUGCCAGCCUCUGAAGCUGACACUGGCCUCCGAUAUUGCUGGCGGUAUGGCCUACUUGCAUAGCAAGCAGCUUGUGCAUGGUCGCCUUUCCAGCAUGACCUGCCUACUGGACAGUCGAUGGGUACUCAAGAUUGCCAGUUGGCAGCGAAUUACAGAGCUAAUACAACCAGGACGCAUGAAGAGCAUUACAGCGACUGCGGACAGUAUGCAGGCCCCAAGAUGUGCAAAAAAAAUCUGUGAGCCUGGACGUGGUUCCAGCACGGUGACUCGUCCGCGAAUUAGAGUGGCCGAGAAACCUAUGUACUUGCGCAAGAAGUGCCCGCGGUCCAUGCCUGACCCGGAACAGUUGGAUUCGCUUCUCAGGAAAGCGAGUCAGCUAGAGACCUUCGAACAGAAAGCUGUUUUCCGAACAUGUGCCUGUGAUGUGUACAGUUUUGGCGUGAUAUUGACGGAAAUUUGGAGUCUGGAAGUGCCUUUUCAGGAUAGACUGAGCUCCUUCUCGCAUGAAGUUCAGUUGGCGGAAGCGAUUUCCCUUGGCACAAUCAAGCUUACUCCUCCUGUCAGCAUGCCGACACGGGUGGGUCCCUCUCUGCAAUUUCUACUUAUAUAA